UCUCUCUCUGUCUCUCUGUGUCUCUCUCUGUGUCUCUCUGUCUCUCUCUGUGUGUCUCCACUGCUGAAGCCACAGGAUCUCAUUCUCUCUCCAGAUUUCAGGGUGGAGUAAACAACAACAACAACAACAACAAUAACAAUAAUAAACACACCAAGGCCAAAAGCAUGGACCAAACUACGGCCUGGGACUAACUACAGGACUACAUCUCUCUCCUCUCUUCUGGUCUUUUUCUCCUCCUUGUUUUUGGGACAAACAGCUGCCAGAGACGGACUGACUGAGUGCUGAGGAUCAGAAUGAUAAAGCUGAUGAGGAUGAUGAGGAUGAGGAUGGUGAUGAUGAGGAUGAGGAUGGUGAUGAGGAGUGAAGAGGGUUCAGUCUAAAAUGGAGCUCCAUGGAGUUUGAGCGCGAGAGGAAAUCUAUUUCCUGGUCAGGGGGGCGGGGGGGAAAAGGAAGAUAGACAAUUAUCAUUAUUGUUAUUGUUAUGAUCAGUUCUUAUUGUUCUUAUUAUUAGUUUCAUCCUGUACUCUUAUUAUUAUUAUUAUUAUUAUUAUUAUUGUUGUUGUUGUUUUACUAGUGUUACUAUAUUAAUGAAUACAAACAGGGGAAUAAAGGACAGAAAGAGAAGGAGAAGAAGAAGAAGAAGGUAAUCAAGUGGAGAACAUAAUGUUCCUAGCUCGGUGUGGAGAACUUAUGUGGAGUAUCUAAAGGACCUUCCAGGUGGAUGAACAAGUGACCAGAGGAAAAAAAAAAAAAAAAGAACUCAAAUGAGCAGAACUAGAAAACUCACCAUGCCUGGUUCGGUUUGUGGAACUUUAUAGAGUAUCUAAAGGGCCUUCUUAGUGGACUUAAGGAAAAAACAUUGUCCCCACGUGGAGAGCAGGACUGUACUCGCAUCAAAGGGAAGAAAAAAAAAAGAUCAAUAAUCAAGAGAAUGUAUCUGGGUUUGGACUGGAGGAACUGAGGAGAUCACAAAGCUGACUCAGGAAUCCAGGAGACCUUGCUCGAGAACAUAACGUCCCUGGUCUGGUCUGGUUUCGAAAAGGCUUUCUGCUCUGGACCUAAGGAGGGAACGUAACAGGUCUGGACGUGGAAAGGAGACGCAGAGAAAAAGAAAGACCUAGCUAGGCGUCCUGAAGAAGGAGAAGAAGCGUGAGUGAAGCAUGGGCUGUGCUUCCAGCAUCCAUAUCUCGGAUCGGGUGGUGUAUCACAGUGGAAAAGAGUCCGAGGACUGCCCCCCACACUCCCCCCCGCAGGGCAACAACACCCAGAACUGCCCCAUCAAGGCCUCUGAUUACAAGAGCUCGCUGACCGAGGUACAGUUUGGACCAAUGAAGUUAUAUGAAGAUCAGAUUCAGGUACUGUUGGUGUUCAGUAGAGAGGACAGUCAAAGCGGGGGUUUCAGCAGUGCGUGUGAGAAGGCGGGGUUUAAGUUCAACAUUGCUCGGUCACCUGAUGCAGCGUUGCACUGCUUCCUGGAGAAACACCAUGACAUCAUCAUCAUCGACCACCGACAUUCCAGAAACUUCAAUGGAGAGCAGCUCUGCCGCUCCAUCCGUGCUCUCAGCUCCUCUCAGAAUACUGUUAUUGUUGCUGUUGUGAAAAGGCCGGACCGUGAAGAAGCCACUGUGAUGCCUCUCUUGUCUGCUGGAUUUAACAGGCGCUAUAUUGAGAACUCCAAUGUCAUGGCCUGCUACAAUGAACUCAUCCAACUCCACCACGGAGAGAUCCGCGCUCAGAUCAAACUCAGAGCCUGUAAUGCCAUUUUUACAGCGUUGGAACAGAGUCAGGAUGCUAUUGAGAUCAGCAACGAAGACCAGCUGAUACAAUAUGUAAACCCGGCGUAUGAGAGUGUGAUGGGAUAUCAGCAUGGAGAGUUAAUGGCGAAGGAGAACAUUGAAGUGCCUAAAAGUGAGAAGAACAAACCUGACCUGCUGGAGAGCAUCAACUCCUGCAUCCGCAAGGGCAAGGAAUGGCAGGGUCUUUAUUAUGCCAAAAAGAAGAAUGGCGACAGCGUGCAACAGAAUGUAAAGAUCACACCUGUCAUUGGACAGGGAGGUAAAGUCAGACACUAUGUGUCCAUAAACAGGCCUUUAAACGACAAUAACAAGUCUGAGCGGUCAAGUGAACGAGUCCAGGCUGAAUCACAAACAGAUAUUCAGUCCAGUAAACAUAAAGACCGGAGGAAAGGAUCUCUGGAUGUACGAUCGACUACAUCACGAGGGAGCGAUGGAAGUUCUCAAAGGAGACACUCCUCUAUGGCUAGAAUUCACUCAAUGACCAUAGAAGCUCCCAUCACUAAGGUCAUAAACAUCAUUAACGCGGCUCAGGAGAGCAGUCCGAUGCCGGUCGCCGAGGCUCUGGACCGAGUGCUGGAGAUUCUCAGGACGACAGAACUCUACUCGCCGCAACUCGGCACCAAGGACGAGGACCCGCACACUAAUGACCUUGUUGGGGGACUAAUGACGGAUGGAUUACGCAGGCUAUCAGGGAAUGAGUAUAUAUUCUCAGCGAAACAGCCGCAUCACAUCCCGAGUCACCUGACCACGCCUCUGUCUCUGAACGACAUCCCGCCGCGAGUCGCACAAACAAUGGAGAACGAGGAAUCGUGGGACUUCGACAUCUUCAGCCUGGAGGCAGCGACCAUGAAAAGGCCGCUGACGUACCUGGGGUUGAAGAUCUUCUCGCGCUUCGGCGUGUGCGAGUUUCUGAGCUGUUCGGAGGCGACGCUACGCUCGUGGCUGCAGGUCAUCGAGGCGAAUUAUCACGCCAGCAACUCGUACCAUAACUCUACGCACGCCGCCGACGUGCUGCACGCCACCGCCUACUUCCUGUGCAAGGAGCGUGUAAAGCAAAGUCUGGAUCCGAUUGACGAGGUGGCGGCUCUGAUCGCCGCAACCGUGCACGACGUCGAUCACCCGGGACGAACAAACUCCUUCCUGUGUAACGCAGGGAGCGACCUCGCGAUUUUAUACAACGACACGGCCGUGUUGGAGAGUCACCACGCCGCACUCGCCUUCCAGCUCAGCACACGGGACGACAAGAGCAACAUCUUUAAAAACAUGGAGAGGAACGAGUACCGGACGUUGAGGCAGGCCAUCAUCGACAUGGUUCUUGCCACUGAAAUGACCAAACACUUUGAACACGUCAACAAAUUCGUCAAUAGCAUCAACAAACCGCUUGCUGCCUUGGAGGAAAAUGGGGGUAACAGUGAUGACGAUGUGAAGGGGAUCCUCAGUGUGGCUGAGAACCGGAUGCUGAUCAAGCGGAUGCUGAUUAAGUGCGCGGACAUCUCGAACCCCUGCAGGCCGCUGGAGCUGUGUAUCGAGUGGGCGGGGCGUAUCUCAGAGGAGUACUUCGCUCAGACGGAUGAAGAGAAAAGACAGGGUCUGCCCGUGGUCAUGCCCGUGUUUGACCGGACCACCUGUAGCAUUCCCAAAUCCCAGAUUUCCUUCAUCGACUACUUCAUCACCGACAUGUUCGACGCCUGGGACGCUUUUGCUGAUUUGCCGAAUCUCAUGCAGCAUUUAGACAAUAACUUUAAAUAUUGGAAAGGUCUGGAUGAACGCAAACUACACAGCCUGAGACCACCGCCGGAGUAGUUCAACACACACACACACACACACACACACAGAGACACAGUGAACACUAUGGCUCCGUCUCCAGUCUCUCUCUCAUGGACUGAUUAAAAGCGUCUCUCUCUAAACCUGGACUUGAUGACGGUGUGAGACUCGACGCCCCCUGCUGGUUUCAAUGAACACACACUCGGACUACACGUGUGGCCUUCCUGCGCACGGCUUUACAGGGUGUGUGUGUGUGUACGUAUGUAUGUGUGUGUGUGUGUGUGUGUGUGAAGAGCAUCAGGAAACACUAAGAUCAUCCCACCUCACUCUGAUCGUCUACUCUGCCCUUCACUCGUUUGUCUGUUUGUAUUUAUUUUGUUCUUUACGAUGUUGUUACACUAAUCAUUACUGAUGCGAGUGAUCUGUAGCUGAACCGUUGGAUCUCAGAAGCCAAAGCUGAUUAACACGCACGAACAAUAACCCUAGGACUCAUUAGCAUAAACGUGUCUAUUUUUUUACCUGAGCGACGUUACGUCCUGUUGCACUGUGGGGGGUUGGGCACGUGUCGAUCAUCGGUCAGACCAAACAUCACCAUAUUCAACACGCACAAUAUUAACUUUAACUAAUCCCAGUCACGACACGGCUGUGCAGAGUUCUUUUCCUUUUUAUUUCCGUUCUGUCUUGUCUGCCACAUUUCUUUCUCUCUUUCUUUUCUUGCUUUUUUUUUUCCUUUUUUUAUCAGGACUUUUUAUUUUUACAUUUAUGUCAA